UUCCUCCACGGAGAACACUCAGAGGAGAAUCGGGAUGGAGAAUCGGCUCAAAAGAAACUGUUAAACAUUAGGUUAUUUUUUUAGAAUCGGGGGCCUUUCCUAUUUUGGCAGUGCUAUUUUCGAAAAGGCCAGAUACGGUAAUACGCCACGCUGGGAAUAAAUCUCUCCUUUGCAGUGGAUUAAGAGAAACGGAACAUUAGAGAAAGCAGGAUUUAGGCGCGUGCUUGGAAGACGAUGACGAGGAAGUGGAGGUGUAGUGGGGGGCAGGGCUUGGCGGAGCUGCUGCUGGGGCUGCUGGCGGCCUCCUUGCUGACAGCCUACUCCUCGCUGGUGGUGGCGCUGGAGUUUGACGGCCUGCCAGGCCAAUGGGCUCGUUACGGGCGCUGGGAGGAGGCUGGAGGCACAGGAGAGCUGAGCUUUACUAUGAAGACCAACAUCAGCAGGGCUGUGGUGCUGUACCUGGACGAUGGUGGUGAUUGUGAUUUCCUGGAGCUGCUGAUCAGCGAGGGACGCCCCCUGCUGCGCUUUGCCAUCCACUGUGGCGAACCCGCCUCCCUGCACCUGGAGACUCGUGUGAGCGAUGAGCGCUGGCACCGUGUGCUGCUCACACGCAACUACCGCCAGACUGCACUGGCUGUGGACGCCGAAUCCAAGGUGGCUGAGGUCAAGUCCAAGCGCAGGGAGAUGGUGGUGGCCAGUGACCUUUUUGUGGGUGGCAUCCCUCCGGAUGUUCGUCUAUCAGCUCUGACUUCCAGCACCGUUAAAUACGAGCCACCAUUCCGGGGCCUGAUCGCCAACCUAAAGCUAGGGGAGGCUCCUCCUGUUCUUCUGGAUGGCCAGGGGGUCAAGAACGAUCUGGAGUAUCUGUGUGCCAAGCAGAACCCCUGCAGCAAUGGAGGAUUCUGCUCCAUCCACCAGGGCGAGGUCCUGUGUGACUGUGCCAACACCGGCUACAAGGGGAAGUACUGCACCGAAGCUGUCCAGCAAGUGUCUGAAGGUCUGGCGCACCUGAUGUUAAAGAGCCAAGCCCCAGGACCUGCUCCACUGAUGGCCACUGCAGCUGCAGGUGGUCCAGAAUCAGGACGAGGGGAGUCUGUGGCCACGUUCAAGGGCAACGAGUUCUUCAGCUAUGACCUGUCACAGACGCCAAUCCAGAGCAGCACAGACGAGAUCACGCUGUCCUUCCGCACGCUGCAGCGCAAUGGCCUGCUGCUGCACACCGGCAAGUCAGCCGACUAUGUCAACCUGUCUCUGAAGAGCGGCGCCGUGUGCCUCGUCAUCAACCUGGGCUCCGGUGCCUUUGAGGCCCUGGUGGAGCCCUCCGACGGCAAGUUCAACGACAACGCCUGGCACGCCGUGCGCGUCUCCCGCAACCUGCGGCAGGUCACAAUAUCCGUGGACGGUUUGCUGACCACCACAGGCUACACUCAAGAGGACUACACCAUGCUGGGUUCAGAUGAUUUCUUCUAUGUGGGUGGCAGUCCAAACACUGCUGACCUGCCCGGCUCCCCAGUCAGCAACAACUUCAUGGGCUGCCUCAAAGAUGUGGUGUACACCAAUAACGAGUUCAGGCUAGAGCUCUCCCAUCUGGCCGAGUUGCAUGACCCCAAGGUCACCCUGCAUGGCGAUCUGACCUUCCGCUGCGAGGAUGUGGCCGCACUGGACCCAGUCAGCUUUGACACGCCAGCCGCCUAUGUCACACUUCCUCGCUGGAAUGCCAAGAAGACCGGCUCUGUCUCCUUUGAUUUCCGCACCACAGAGCCCAGUGGUCUGCUGCUGUACAGCCAUGGACGAGUGCAGGGGCCCCGAGAACGCCGGCCCAGGGUGGACUUCUUUGCCAUGGAACUGCUGGAAGGCUUUCUGUACCUGCUCAUGGACAUGGGCUCCGGCAGCGUCAAGAUGAAGGCCAGCAGCAAGAAGGUGAACGAUGGCGAGUGGUGCCAUGUGGACUUCCAGAGAGAGGGCCGUAAAGGCUCCAUCUCAGUGAAUGGUCGCAGUAUGCCCUUCUCCUCCAACGAGGGCAGUGAAGUCCUGGAUCUGGAUGGGGAGAUGUAUCUGGGGGGUUUGCCUGAAGACCAUGAUGGACUGCUUCUGCUGCCUGAGGUGUGGACGGCACCACUGCGACUGGGCUUUGUGGGCUGUGUGAGGGAUCUGUUUGUGGAUGGCCGCAGUAGGGACCUGCGGCGGCUGGCAGAACUACAGAGCGCAGCAGGGGUCAGCAGCUUCUGCACACGCGAAACCCACCGGCGCUGCAGCGCUGAGCCCUGUGCACACGGAGGCCACUGCAGAGAGGGCUGGAAUCGCCACAUCUGCGACUGCUCCGGCACCGGCUACCUGGGGCCCAACUGCGAAACUGAGUCCACGGUGCUGAGCUAUGAUGGCAGCAUGUUCCUGAAGGUGCUGAUGCCUCGCGCCAUGCACACGGAGGCGGAGGACGUCUCAUUGCGUUUCAUGUCCCAGAGGGCCUAUGGCCUACUCAUGGCCACCACCUCCUCAGAGUCCGCAGACACCCUGCGCCUGGAGCUUGACGGGGGAAGAGUUAAACUCACCGUCAACCUAGAUUGUAUCGGGAUAGACUGUAACCUUAGUAAAGGACCGGAGACUCUAUAUGCAGGGCACAAGCUGAAUGACAACGAGUGGCACUCUGUGAAGGUGGUGCGCCGUGGGAAGAGCCUGCAGCUCUCUGUAGACAAUGUGACUGUGGAGGGCCAGAUGAGCGGAGCACACACACAGCUGGAGUUCCACCACAUCGAGACGGGCAUUAUGACGGAGCGACGCUUCAUCUCCAUCAUGCCCUCCAACUUCAUCGGGCACCUGCAGGGCCUCAACUUCAACGGCAUGCCGUACCUGGACCAGUGCAAGAACGGGGACAUCUCCUACUGCGAGCUGAACGCACGCUUCGGCAUGCGCCGCAUUGUGGCCGACCCGGUCAGCUUCCGCAGCAGAGCCAGCUACUUAGCACUGUCCACCUUACAGGCCUACGCCUCCAUGCACCUCUUUUUCCAGUUCAAGACCACCAGCCCCGAUGGCCUGCUGCUCUUCAACUCCGGAGACGGCAGCGACUUCAUUGUGGUGGAGCUGGUUAAAGGGUACAUCCAUUAUGUCUUUGACUUGGGCAAUGGGCCGUCACUCAUGAAGGGCAACUCUGACAAGCCACUCAACGACAACCAGUGGCACAACGUGUUGGUGUCCCGAGAUGACAGCAAUGUGCACACGCUCAAAAUCGACUCUCGCACCGUCACGCAGCACUCCAACGGAGCCCGCAACCUGGACCUCAAAGGAGAGCUGUACAUUGGUGGUGUGGGGAAGAGCAUGUACAACAGCCUGCCCAAGCUGAUAGCGUCUCGGGAUGGCUACCAGGGCUGUCUGGCCUCUGUGGACCUGAAUGGCAGGCUGCCAGAUCUUAUUGCUGAUGCCCUGCACAAAGUGGGCCAAGUGGAGAGAGGAUGUGAUGCUGGCCCUGGCACCACCUGCACAGAGGACUCCUGCUCUAACCAGGGUGUGUGUCUGCAGCAGUGGGAGGGCUUCACCUGUGACUGCACCAUGACGACCUAUGGUGGCCCUCUCUGCAGCGACCCUGGGACCACAUAUAUCUUUGGGAGAGGAGGAGCCCUCAUCACUUACACAUGGGCCCCUAACGAGCGGCCGAGCACCAGGGCUGACCGACUGGCCGUGGGCUUCAGCACUCAGUUGAGAGAGGCCAUCUUGGUGCAGGUGGAGAGCACGCAGGGCCUGGGAGACUACCUGCAGCUACAUAUAGAGCAAGGAAAGAUUGGGGUGAUCUUCAAUGUGGGCACUGAUGACAUCACCAUAGACGAGCCGGCAGUCGUUGUGAGUGAUGGCAAGUACCACGUGGUGCGCUUCACACGCAGCGGCGGCAAUGCCACUCUGCAGGUGGACAACCAGCCCGUCAUUGAGCGCUACCCAUCAGGGCGACAACUGACCAUCUUCAACAGUCAGGCAGCCAUUAAGAUUGGGGGUCAGGAUAAGGGCCGGCCGUUCCAGGGCCAGAUCUCAGGCCUAUACUAUAAUGGGCUUCAGGUGCUGAAGCUGGCUGCUGAGGGUGACCCUAAUGUUAAGGUGGAGGGCAAUCUGAGAUUGGUGGGGGAUGCACCCUCUGUCUUGUCCACAGAGACCACCUCUGCCACGCCUCCAGCGGCUGCCGACAUGUCUACCACGAUCAUGGAGACCACCACUACCAUGGCCACCACCACCACCCGCAGACAGCGCUCCCCCAGUCUGAAAGACAGCAUCACACAGAACUCUGAUGACCUGUUGGUGGCAUCGGCAGAGUGCCCCAGUGAUGAUGAGGACCUGGAGGAGUGUGAGCCUGGCACUGCUCACCCCACAGCUCCAGUGGACAAGGGCCUCCCCGGCGCGGUGGAGGUCAUCCGCGAGUCCAGCAGUACCACAGGCAUGGUGGUGGGCAUCGUAGCGGCCGCCGCUCUCUGCAUCCUCAUCCUCCUCUAUGCCAUGUAUAAAUACCGCAACCGCGACGAAGGCUCCUACCAAGUGGACCAGGGCCGUGGCUCCGGCACCGAAAGCAAUGGUGCAGUGGUCAAAGAGAAGACGCCCGGCACCACCACCGCUGUGGCCAAGACCUCCACCAAGGGAAAGAAAAACAAAGACAAAGAGUAUUAUGUCUGAAAGAGGAGUGGGAGAGAGAGAGAGAGAGAGAGAGAGAGAGAGAGAGAGAG